AUUCAAAACUGUCUUAGAGCUUGGUUUUAUUCAUUUCAUGUAUUAGAAACAAAUUAAAAUCACUCUCUCUUGCCCAUAUUAUAUAAAAUCAAAUUUAUCUGAGUCUCGUUUUGCUACAUGCAAUAACAACUAAUAACACAUACUAUUAAUCCAUAUAUAUUUAUAUAUAUAUAUCAUCCAUGGCGGCUUCUAGGACCAUUAUAGUAGUUUUCUUCUUUACAGCUCUUUCGUUCAUAAAUGUCAUGAGUGGCGCUGAACUUCAAUAUCUCCGACACCCGGCGGCGAAACCAGCUGAUAGGUCGCUCAAUUUCUUGGUGGUCGGCGACUGGGGACGACGGGGCUUCUACAACCAGUCCCAAGUCGCCCAUCAGAUGGGCAUAAUUGGAGAGAAACUAGACAUUGAGUUUGUGAUCUCCACGGGUGACAAUUUUUAUGAAGAUGGUUUGACUGGUGUGAAUGACCCUGCAUUUUAUGAGUCAUUUUCCAAUAUCUUCACAGCUCCAAGUUUGCAGAAGCAAUGGUACAUUGUUUUGGGGAACCAUGACUAUCGUGGGGAUACAUUAGCACAAUUGAGUCCUGAUCUCAAGAAAAAAGAUAGAAGAUGGCUCUGCUUAAGGUCUUUCAUUGUAAAUGCAGAAAUUGUGGAAUUUUUCUUUGUAGACACAACUCCAUUUGUGGACAAGUAUUUCACCAACCCAGAGGACCAUACAUAUGACUGGAGAGGAGUGUUACCAAGGAACCGUUAUCUCUCAAAGCUAUUGAAGAAGUUGGAUUCAGCACUGAAGCAUUCAACCGCAAAAUGGAAAAUUGUGGUUGGUCACCAUACAAUCAAAAGCGCUGGACACCAUGGAAAUACCGAAGAGCUUGAAUCACAACUCCUCCCAAUACUUGAGGCAAACAAUGUUGAUUUCUAUGUCAAUGGCCAUGACCAUUGCUUAGAGCACAUAGUUGACAAUAAAAGCCAAAUCCAGUUCAUGACAAGUGGAGGUGGCUCCAAGGCAUGGGGAGGAGACGAAAAAAAGUGGAACCCAGAGGAGCUCAAGCUGUACUAUGAUGGGCAAGGUUUCAUGUCAAUGGAAAUAACUGAGACAGCGGCCACCUUUUCAUUCUACGAUGUCUUUGGUAAUGUCUUACACCAAGAGAGCAUCUACAAAAAUUUGGACUCAUCCAUGUAGAGAAAUCUCUCUCUGAUUACUAAAUGGCGGUUUAUAUAGUUGUUCAGAUGGAGAUAGAGGAAGAAUAAUGUGAUUAUUACAAAUAAAGGUGGAAGGUGAUGACUAUUAGAUAUAGUCCUUUCAAAUUUCUGCUUGUAAGUCUAAGAUAAUGCCAAGUAGUUAUUACUCUUAAUGGAAAAUAUACAUAUUUAUAGCUUAAUCUAUCAUUAACAUCCACAUUCCCCCAA